AUGGCGCCGCGCGGAGGCUCGGGCGUGCGCGAAAACUUUCUUCGGGGAUAUCCCCUGGAGUUUAAGAUACCCUACAACAAUGCUCGCCUGCCCUCUUUGAGCAAGCACCCCUUUCACUCACCUUUUGCUCACUUUCUUUGCCGCCAAUCGGCGUCCUGUUUUUCCCCAUCGCUCCUGAACCAUCACAUCAAUAGUCUGCUCGAUGGCAUUGGCUGGAUGACCAUCCCGGGUCUGGAUUUCUGGACCUUUGCUGCCAGCCGUGUAUACAGCGGGGCCUCUAGCGAGGUUCUGGUGAACAAAAUGAACUUUAAUUACGCCGCAUACUUUUGGGUGUUUGUGGCUUUGCCCGUUGUGCUGUACUUGGGCCGAGGGCUGUCACGCCGCUUCCUUCUGAGGCACCUACGUGACAUCAAUCUGGCCCGUGCUAGUCUUGCUGCCAUCAGCUACAGCCUCGGCUACAUUCUGUUGCUCCCUGUGGGCAUUGCCGUCCUCCGGCCCUUCGUCUGCGACGAGCGCACUGGUGCCCGCCUGCUCUACGUGGAUAACGCAAUCGAGUGCGAUAGCACCGAUCAGCUCCUUUAUCAGGUCGUUGGCGCAACGAUUACCGCCGCCUGGGGCGUCAGCCUUGUCUGGGCCGGCUGGCGUCGUGUCCACCGCAGCCUCAUCACGUUCAGCUCCGUCCGCCACGAAGCCCAGAUUCAGAGCUUGGAAGCUGCCUAUGGUCUACCAGCUGUUGUCGGCGACGAAUUGGUCAUCAACGUCUGGGAUGGAAGCUUUGAGGAUGCAGACUCAUGGCCCAGCGGCGAGAGCGACGUCUUCCUGAUUUUCACGUUCGGCGGAACCGACUAUCUCACGUCCACCAUCGAUGACGACAACAAUUGCACGGCAACAUCCAACCGCAUCUGCCACGAUAUCACGCCACCCACACUUGCUUUUGCAGGCAAUCCGCGUACAACCUUUGAACUCGGAGAGACAAUUUCUUUGCCAGCCGUGACGGCACUGGACAGUGCUGACGGCACGCUGACAAACAGCGUCUCCCACACCCCCCCGGGGCAGCCAGCAAAUACUGUGGGGCAACACACCAUUCAGUUCGCUGUCGAGGAUGCAGCACAAAACCCUGCCACGUUGAAGUGGGUCUACACGGUCUCUGAUCAGACUCCUCCAGAGUUUAUCUUGGUUGGCAGCAAUCCUCUGCAGUGGAAUAUCGACGAAACUUUCAAGGACCCAGGUUACAGCGUACACGACCUGAGCCCUGUGACUGUUCACGUGGUUGGCUUGGAUUUGUUGAAUGCAACGAUUGCGAAUGCCAUCUUGGACAACGUAACGCUGGAGUACGAUGCUUGCGACUCGUACAACAACUGCGUAUCUGCAAAGCGCUUCGUCGAGCUGGUUGACUACAGCGUGCCGGUGAUUACGCUGCUUGGACCAAAUCCCUUGUUCAUUGAGGUUGGGACGUUGCCAAGCUUUGUCGAUGCAUAUGGUGCUGAAGCUGAAGACAACGUAGCUGGUAAUGUCACAGGCCUAGUGGUUUCGCGCAACAAUGUGGACAUUGAUGUGCUUGGGCAAUAUGAAGUCGAGUACAGUCUCAAGCUUGGCAGUGAAACAGCGCAAGCUGUGUCCCGUACAGUGAUUGUGAGGGACACAACUCCUCCGCAGCUGAAUUUGAAUGGCUCAUCGUUGGUGGUACUUGAAGCUGGAAGCAAGUAUGCUGAGCCUGGGUACACAGUUGAGGAUAAUUACACCCCUGCUUUAGCUCUGUUACAGACGAUGAGCAUCACACCCGCGCUUGAGAACAUCAGCACCAUCGCCCCAAAUGGCACCAUGAUUGUGGUGGAGUAUCGUGUUGAAGACACAUCAGGCAACGUCGGGCAAGCACAGCGAGAUCUUCUCAUUGUGGACACGCAACCGCCUGUUCUGACCGUCAAUCCCGACGAGGCACAGGCGUGGGAUAUUGUGGACGGGGCGUGCGUGGACGAGAGAUCAGCGUGCACGCUGGUGCGGGAGGGGAGCGUGACGAUGAGCUCUGUCUCGAGUCCGAGCAUGCAGAGCGUGACGUAUCGUGCGACGGAUGCGGCGGGUCAUUCGGUGACACGGACGCUGGAGUUUGUUGUACGCGACACGCGGGCGCCGGUGGUGUCAGUGAGUCGAGAUGUUGUGUUUGUGGAGGCGGGAGGCGCGGGCGUGGACUUUAACGGGACGGAGAGCGUCGGGAGCGCGGUGGACGCGAAUGACGGUGCUGUUGUGGCGUAUGCCAAUGAGAGCAUUGAGAUGUACCCUUUGGAAGUGCCGAUGGAGUACGGAGUGUGGUACUGGGCACGUGACGGAGCGGGGAAUGUUGGAUGGAGCUCGAGGGUGCGCGUGGUUGUGAAUGACACGACGGGGCCGGUGCUGCGACGUGUGGUGGGUUCGAAUGAGGAACCUGUUGUGGUGGAGGCUGGCAGUGACGUGUUUGAUGCGUCGGGGCUGGUGUCGUGCCAUGAUGGGUAUGAGGGGCCGUGUGAGUGCACGAUUGGCAUUGAGCGGCGGCUUGCGAAUGAGAGCGCGUAUUCGCGUGUGAGCGGCGUGGACACGUUUGGAGAGAACGGGACGUGGUACCGAUUGGGGUACGCGGCGCGUGAUGGGAGCGGCAAUUCUGGGAGACUGGAGGUGUACGUUGUGAUUGAGGACGAGGUGGCGCCGGAGUUUCGAGUGCUGUGGGGUGGGAGUGGAGCGACGUUUGAGGGGUCUCGUACUGGGCGAGCCUUUGAGUUGGGGUCGUAUGUGAGCGUGUCGGAUGGAGGGUGGCGGGGCACGAGCCUGUUGGAGCGUGUCGAGAUGGCAGUGAUUGAGCACGCGAUUGGAGGCGACGCGGAUGAAAAGGCAGCGAGUACGACGACGACAGACGACACGCGACAGCGACAGCGACGACGACGACGGCCGAUCGAGCACGCCGAGGCUCUGGUGGUGGUCUUGAUUACCGGGCUUGGCGUGCUGCUGUUUGGAGAGUACCGGCAUGAUGAGGCGAGUGGGACGACGUAUGUUGUGGGGGGAGCGGAGUAUGUUGAGCCCGGAUGGGAGGCGUACGACGACUAUGCCGGGGACGUGAGCGGUCGUGUGAAACAGGCGGUUGUAUUGCGAUCAUCGGACACUGCUACGGCUACGGCUAAGGACACAGCCACGAAGACGGACAUGGACAUGGAUGCGGGCGGUGAUGCAGGCUCUGGUGCGGGGACACGGUGGAUGAUUGUGGCGUACAGCGUGCAGGACGACCACCAGAAUGUGAUGAGGGUGAAUCGUACAGUUGUGUUUGAGGCGGAGCCAUCGGGGCCACCGUCGUCAUCAUCGUCGUCGACGUCAUCUGGCGGAGGGCUUUCGGGUGCGACGCUGGGGGCGAGCGUGGGAGGCAUUCUUAUUGUGGUGGUGGUGUUUAUUUUGUUUGUGGUGUGGCGUCGUCGUCGCGGCGGGGGCGGUGGGCGAGCGGAACUUGGGCUCAAGACGGCGCGGAUGGUGCAUGAGCUGGACGACGGGACGAUGGCGGGAGCUGUGAACCCGAUGUAUGAUGAGGAUGUUGGGUUGUGGCAGCUUGGGGUGGUGCCGAGCGGAGUGACUGAGCAGGAGCUGUAUGGUGAUGUGGAAGCGUUUGACGAACCGGAUGUUCAGACCGCAUCUUGCAAUCAUGGCAAUGUCGCGGCUGAUCAUGUUUAUGGUGAUCUAGGUCUGUGUGACCUUCCUGACUUAUCCUCUCUCAAGGGUGACGCCUCUUCGACCGCUUUACCACCCUUUGGCGAUUCUCGGUCAUCCGUCAUUCACCAUUCAAGCUACCGUGGUCAAGACCUUUAUCACCACUUGGAUCCUGCAGCUGACGGCCGACGUUGCAGUGUGUCUGAGUCUACCUAUGCGUCUCUGCAUCGCCCGCCGGGUGCUUCCGCUUCGAGCCCCCUUCCCAAGCAUGUUUACGACAGCCUGUUGAUGACUGCUGCUCCACAUGCCGAUUCCUCGCGUGUGUAG